AACAUUUGACUGAGCAAGGAAGAAACUUAAACAACAGAGUUCAAUCCCAGUGAGUGAAUCUGACCACACAUUUACUACUACUACUACUACUGCUACAUAAAGGCCCUGCCAUCCUCCUCUUUUCCUCAUCCCCGAUCCGGCCUAAGCUCUCUGUUUCUCCGUCUCUGAGAAUGGCGAUGGGUACUCACUUUGGGGGUCUGUGGCUUGCUCUGUUGUGUAUGGUUUCUGCAACAAUGGGUGCGGCACCCAGGAAGCCCGUUGAUGUGCCCUUCGGCAGAAACUACGUUCCCACUUGGGCCUUCGAUCACAUCAAGUACUUCAAUGGAGGCUCCCAGAUUCAGCUCAGCCUGGAUAAAUACACUGGUACUGGGUUCCAGUCCAAGGGAUCUUACUUAUUCGGCCACUUCAGUAUGCAGAUAAAGAUGGUUCCCGGCGAUUCGGCAGGGACAGUGACUGCUUUCUAUCUAUCUUCUCAAAACUCGGAGCAUGACGAAAUAGACUUUGAGUUCUUGGGGAACCGGACGGGCCAGCCCUACAUCCUGCAGACAAACGUCUUCACCGGAGGAAAGGGCGACCGGGAGCAGAGGAUUUUCCUGUGGUUCGACCCAACAAAGGAAUACCACUCUUACUCUGUUCUGUGGAAUCUUUUCCUGAUUAUAUUCUUUGUGGACGACGUGCCCAUCCGGGUGUUCAAGAACUCCAAAGAUUUGGGGGUAAGGUUCCCGUUCGACCAGCCCAUGAAGAUAUACUCCAGCCUGUGGAACGCCGACGACUGGGCGACGAGGGGUGGCCUGGAGAAGACGGACUGGUCCAAGGCCCCGUUCGUGGCUUCUUACAGAGGCUUUCACGUCGACGGGUGCGAGGCCUCCGUUAACGCCAAGUUCUGCGACACUCAGGGCAAGCGGUGGUGGGACCAAAAGGAAUUCCAGGACCUGGACUCCUUCCAGUACCGCCGGCUCCGGUGGGUUCGCUCCAAGUAUACCAUCUACAACUAUUGCACCGACAGGAAGCGAUACCCCAUCAUGCCCCCCGAGUGCACAAGAGACAGAGACGUAUAAUAAUAAUAAUACUAAUAAAAUAGUAUUCAAAGUCAGUAUCAUAUAAUUGAUAUUGUUGUGAUGCAAUGCCGCCUCGGCAUGAUCGGCUGGGCUCCUCCUGUUCUGCAUGCUUUUCCGUUUCCGUUUCUCUCUGCUUUGUACUAAUUCCAUUGGUAUUGCUUUACUGGAUGCAGAGAUUGUACUCUUUACUACUACUACUACUACUGGUAUCCCUACACAUGGCUGUGAUUAGUGCUCUUCUUGGGCAUUUUUAAAUAAAUAUUGUAUUCAUACCCCCUUUCA